UCGGUGACCUCUCGCUCUGGAGGGAGAGCAGCGAACCCCGCCCCACCACCGCAAUGGAGACCUCUGCGAACACUUGGCGUGGGCUCCUGGACUCGGACGGUGAGGUUUGAGGAUUGUCACCGUUGUCGAAGCGUCCAUUCUGAGCGCUUAGUACAGAGCUCUGUGCCUAGAGAGGAGACCCUUCCGCACAACCGACCUCCUCCGACAGGAGAUCAGAACACGCACUGGAGGAAUAAGAUGGGGUUUUGGAUCCUUGGUCUGUGUAAUAACUUCUCCUACGUCGUGAUGCUCAGUGCUGCCCAUGACAUCCUCAGCCAACAGCGGGCCUCCCGGAACCACAGCCACGUGGAGCCAGUGACCCCUGCCCCCCACAGCAAUAGCUCAUCCCGUUUUGACUGCAACCCGGUGUCCACAGCUGCAGUGCUUCUGGCGGACAUUCUUCCCACCCUCUUCAUCAAGCUGUUUGCACCUCUCGGUCUUCACCUGAUGCCCUACAGUCCACGGAUUCUCCUGUGUGGGGCCUGUGCUGCCGGCAGCUUCCUCCUCGUGGCCUUUUCCCAGGGAGUUGGGACCAGUCUUAGCGGUGUUGUCUUGGCCAGCAUCUCCUCAGGUCUGGGAGAGAUCACCUUUCUUGCACUCACAGCCUUUUAUCCCAGGUCCGUGGUCUCCUGGUGGUCCUCGGGUACAGGAGGAGCAGGGUUGCUGGGAGCCCUGUCGUACCUGGGCCUGACUCAGGCUGGGCUCUCUCCCCGCCAGACGCUGCUCUCCAUGCUAGGCCUCCCCAUCGUCAUGCUGGCUAGCUAUUACGUGCUGCUGAUGAGCCCUCAAGGGGAGGGAGAGCCCGAAGCCUCAUCCCGCCAACCACUCCUGGAUGGCCAGGACCAAGAGCUCAGCCUCAACUCCAGCCCCACCCUUUCUUUCAAGGACAGGUGGAGCGUCUUCAAGGGUCUGCUGCACUACCUGAUCCCCCUGGCUAUCGUUUAUUUUGCUGAGUAUUUCAUCAACCAGGGACUGUUCGAGCUGCUCUUCUUCCGAAACUCAUCUCUGAGCCACGCCCAGCAGUACCGCUGGUACCAGAUGCUCUACCAGGCCGGAGUCUUUGCCUCCCGCUCCUCCCUCCGCUGCUGCCGUGUCCGAUACAUCUGGGCUCUGGCUGUGUUGCAGUGCCUGAAUAUGGGAUUCCUGCUGUUGGCCGUCUGGUUUGGCUUUCUUCCCAACAUCUACCUCGUCUUCCUGCUCAUUCUGUAUGAAGGUCUCCUGGGGGGCGCGGCCUACGUCAACACCUUCCACCAUAUUGCCCUGGAGAGCCAGGAUGAGCAUCGAGAGUUUGCCAUGGCAACGGCCUGCAUCGCGGACACCUUGGGCAUCUCCCUGUCGGGGGCCCUCGCCCUCCCCCUGCACGACUUCCUUUGCCGGCUACCCUGAACGUGACCCUCGAGGACUCUCCCCGGGGACACGUCAACUGGAGGAUGUGAGAUACCCGCAUCUCACAAUAGCUAGUUCCACGGUGACGGGGGCCCCGCCGACCCUAUGGACCCUAUAGACUUGACCUCUUCAGCAGGUGCCUGGAGGGACGAGCUAGUGGCCGGCAGGGACUUGUCAAAUGAUUCCCACCCCCACCUCAAGCUGGUCUUGGGGAAGGACACUACCUAUAGUCUCCCGCUAAGGAGUUAUUUUUAUCACUUAUUUCCCUUCCUAUUUGGUUUUGGGUUUUUUUUAGUGACAGUCGAUUGCUCUCAGGGUCAGGGAGAAGAGACGGAGAUUAUACCGGACAGGGAGAAAGUCCACUUGGGAGCCGGGGGGGUGAGAUAAAGAAACGGGAUGGACCAAGAUGCCAAGUCACUAAGCAGGCGGAUUGCAGAGUCCAGAGGGCAGGAGGUGACUUGGAGGGGCGGGAUGCCUCCUGGGGAAGAUGCCUCUCCGCCCUGAGCUCCGGUUGUCUGCGUGCUGCCCCGUCCUGACACCUGCAGUUCCUAAUGGGGGCCUUCGUCCUCCUGGCCCCUCAAACUCCUCCCGCUCUCUCUCCGGAAGGAAAACGGGUCUGGGAGCAGCCAGCUGCCGGACUUUCCCAUGUCAGGAGACCCCGUUCUUCCGGCUGAGAUCCCGUCCGUGGUUCGCGGGGAGGAACGAUGGGUGGGCCACGGGCCCGCGCAGAAUGUCGAAAUGAAAUGAUUGCUCACAGGGAGAUUGGGGAAGCAGGGCCUGAUGAGGAAUCACAAAGUGCAAUGGUCUGCACACAGUAAGCACUCAAUAAAUAUCACUGACUUAAAAAAUUGGCUCAGCGCU